GGAAAUGAAAAUAUUCACUCCUAUCCUCGCCCUAAUCUUUGUGGUGGGUCUAGCUAAUGCUGCCUUUGCCGACGAUUUGGUUACAGAAAUGCCAGAUUGUCCUAAGUUCGACUUUGAUAUGUACUCAGGAUACCUUGACGUCAAUGCAAACAAGAGUCUGCAUUAUGUACUUGUUGAAAGUCUCGGAGAUCCAGCCAAUGAUCCAAUUCUCAUGUGGUUCAAUGGUGGCCCAGGAUGCUCUUCAAUGCUAGGAUUUAUGCAGGAGAAUGGACCUUGCAUUAUUGAUGAUGGUGAGAAUUUUGUCAAAGAAAAUCCAUUCCCAUGGAAUGAGAAAGCUAAUGUUUUGUACCUUGAAGCUCCAGCCGGUGUUGGAUACUCCUUUGCGAGAAACAAGGAAGAUAUGGAAUCAAACGAUCUCCAAUCUUCUCACGAAAACUUGCAAGCUUUGAAACAAUUCUACAAAAAAUUCCCUGAAUACCAAGAAAACGACCUAUUUAUUUCUGGAGAGAGUUAUGCUGGAAUUUAUGUUCCAAAUCUUGCUUAUAGGAUCCAUCAGCACAACACUAUGUCAAAGAUUAAUAAGAGGACUCCAAUCAACUUGAAGGGUAUUCUCGUUGGAAACGGUGCUACAAAGUGGGAGUACGAUACAACCCCAUCUUACCUCGAGAUGGCAUAUAACCAUCAAUUAAUGGAUACUGAACUUCACAACACCUUUGUUGAGAAUGGAUGUGAAUGGUAUUUCAGAGAUGUUCUCCCAAGAAAAGCCAAUGAAGCCUGUGAGAAAGCAAAGAAGACCUUCGAUGAAAACACGAAGAGAAUCAACUGGUAUGAUAUCUACAGAAAAGUCUAUGAUGAUGGAGGCAUUAACAAAGAAAGAGUCGGUAAAACUAUCAUUGAUGGUGAAGAGAGAUACUACCCAAGAGGUUACAAGAUGACUGAUUAUACUCCUUGGCUCGAAGACAUUUACGGUGAAUCUGCUCCUAUCUUGGGAGAUUAUGUUUCUGAUUAUCUCAACAGACCAGAUGUGAGAGAUGCUUUCCAUAUCAAGAAAGAAAUUCACACUUAUAAAGCUUGUGCCGGAGGAGACUUAACUUACCACCUUCAGAAAGAAGGAUCCCACUGGAUCUACCAUAUUUUAAAAUCUAAUGGAAUUAGAAUCCUCAAAUUCUCAGGAGACACCGAUGGAGCUGUCCCUACUUAUGGAUCCCAACUCUGGAUCAGAGAUCUUGGAUGGGAUGUUGUCAAGGAUUGGCACGCUUGGCUUGUCGAUGACCAGGUUGCUGGAUACCAAAAAGAGUAUGACGGACUCACCUUUGCUACUGUACACGGAGUUGGACACAUGGCUCCACAAUGGAAGAGAAAAGAAGUUACCCAACUGAUCAAUGACUUUAUUCACGGUGAAUAAUCAGAAAACAACUCUUUAUCCAA